AUGGUGCGGCGGCAUUCACGAUUCCAGACUGGUCACAAACCUCGAGGUUAUCCUGGGUUUAAACUGGACGAAACGCAUGUCACGGGCCCAGUGUCCUUCCUGAAUCCAACCUCCGCACACUACGAACUGAGCCAGCAAGCAGAAGACACUCAUGCUCCCCCACAAAUCGAGCGUCUCUGGCGAUCCCGCGACAACAGAAAAGGCCGGCAUGCUAUUCGCAUCGACACAGAAGCCUUGCCCCAUGUACCGGGACUCACAACACCACCACUGACGCAGUCAGUCUCAGCGGUAGCCAAGAUCAUUCUCCGGAUGGUGACUUACGUCCCUUACUGGGACAUAUCAUAUCUGGUCGCCAUGAGCUUCACUAUUGGGUCUGCAGUAUUCAUCGUCAAUGGGUUCUUCGUCUGGCUACCGUUGGUGGACCGAAAGACCGAAUUUCAUGGUGAAAUAACGAUUGCCGGUGGCUGGACGGGUUUCGUCGGUGCGACUAUUUUUGAACUCGGUGGUGUAUUGCUGCUUCUUGAAGCUUUUAAUACCAAUCAUACUGGAUGUUUUGGCUGGGCGCUUGAGAGUGUCCUCGAGAAGACUAUCGAGGAUGGGAUUCCUCAACAUGCGAUGAAAGAGAUCAAGCCGAAGAUGUCAGAGUGUGAGCAUCACCAUGCGAAUCGGAAAUCGUUUCUCCGGGAAAAGCACCAUCAUGCCAGUAACAAUGUCCACUCUCACCUAGAUGACACUGGUUACGUUACUUCAUCGACAGAUGGCAGGUCCUUCCGAUGGAUUCCAUCGAUGUCAGAAUUGCGAACGCAUUAUUUUCAUGAAAUUGGCUUUAUAGCUUCUUUUAUCUUAUUUGUUAGCGCAACGGUCUUCUGGAUUGGUGCAAUAGUUGGCAUCCCUGUCAUCUUCACGCACAUAGGUCAGGGACUCAUUGAUGGCCUCUACUGGGGUACUACUACACUUGGUGGGACAGGAUUCACUGUGAGUUCAUUACUGUACAUGCUUGAGACGCAGUCAAAGUGGUAUGUUCCUGCUUGGCAUGUUCUGGGCUGGCAUAUUGGACUCUGGAAUCUAAUUGGCAGUGUUGGGUUUACUCUUUGUGCUGCGCUGGGCCCGGCGAGUAGCAACUCUGGCGCGGAUUAUCAGUCGUCUCUCGCUACAUUUUGGGGCUCACUAGCUUUCAUGAUAGGAUCCAUGAUCCAGUGGUAUGAGAGUUUGCAGAAGCAUCCUGUUGAGAAAAAGUGA